CCAUAAACGCCUUCCCACGAUGAUUUAGUGGACGGCAGGCACCGCACUCUCUACCUUCUUCUUCUUCUUCUUCUUCUUCUUCUUCGUGUGAUUCAGAGUCGUACGAUCGAAACUUUGUCCGCCAUGAUCUUCUCCCUGACCACCUUCCCGACAAACCUGCUUGAUCUUCCAUCUGUGGAUCGCCGGCCAAGACUUCACGUCGGGUGGUGGAGGAGGCACCGGAAUCCCGUGAGCUUUUUACCUUCCAAUGAAACCUGUGCAUGUCAAACCAAGAAACAAGCUGCUUCUGAGAGCACUGAGGACGACGGCUAUGGUGGUGUAGCUCCUUAUGCGACGAAUGCCCCUUUCGUUUCUGCUCUAAUGGCCUUUGCAGAACUAGACCCAGCUUGCUUUCAGUUUCCAGGACACAAUAGAGGCAAAGCUGCUCCGGCAAUGCUCUCCCAACUCAUUGGCCCCGACGUUUUCACGUAUGAUUUGGCUCCCAUCCCCAGGAUUGGCAACUUGUCCUCCUCCAAAGGACCACUCUCUGAUGCCCAAAAGCUGGCGGCCGAAUUAUUUGGCUCAUCGGAGACAUGGUUUCUCGUGGGAGGAGCCAGCUGCGGGGUGAUGGCAUCGAUCAUGGCCACUUGCUCUCCUGGUGACUUCCUCGUUCUCCCUAGGAAUGCACAUAUCUCUGCGACUCACGCCAUGGUCUUAUCCGGAGCCAUACCAAAAAACAUCACGCCGGAGUACAGCUCGCUUUGGGACGUUGCCGGCGGAGUCACCCCAUCACAGGUGGAGACAGCUAUAGAGGAGCUGAAGGAAGCUGGCAAAAGAGCUGCUGCAGUCUUCAUCACCUCACCAACUUAUCAGGGGAUAUGCUGCAGGAUCGAUGAGAUCACCAAUCUGUGUCACUCGCACGGCCUUCCGGUAAUCGUAGACGAAGCCCACGGUGCGUACUUCAAGUUUCAUCCUAGGCUUCCGAUGACGGCGCUGGAGCAAGGUGCCGACCUCGUGGUUCAAUCUACGCACAAGGUUCUCUCCUCUCUUUCGCAGUCGUCGAUGCUGCACAUGUCCGGACAUCGUGUGGACAGAGAAAGAGUACGCAGAUGCCUCGAAGCACUUCAGAGCACCAGCUCGAGCUAUCUACUCCUGGCGUCCUUGGACGCUACCAGAGCUCAGCUGAGCGAGAAUCCAGGAGCCAUCUUGGGUAAAGCCAUGGAAAUGGCGGACCUCGCGAGGCUUCAGAUAGGGCGAAUUCCAGGUCUUUCGAUCUUGGAUGCAUCGAGCUUUUCCUCUGAUUUCCCCAAUAUGGAUCCUCUGCGUGUCACAGUCGGUGUCUCACGGCUAGGACUGACCGGCUUCAAGGUGAAUGAGCUGCUACGUGAGGAGCACGGAGUCAUACCUCAGUUUGAAGGGAUGCGGUCUGUGACCUUGGUCUUCAACUGGGGGACGUCCAUGGAGCACACAGAAAGGCUGAUCACAGCUCUGUCACAUCUCUCGACGAGGUUCCUCGAUGAGAACCAAUCGCAGAACCAAGUUGGGAGUGGCGCGAUUACACCGUUUGCUGGGUUUAGGCGGGAGCUCAGUCCGAGGGAGGCCUUCUUCGCGAAGAAGAGGAAAGUGAACAUUGGAGAAAGCCUCGGGGAGAUAUGUGGCGAGCUCAUCUGCACGAUGCCACCAGGUAUUCCGGUGCUGAACCCCGGUGAAGUCAUAACCAGGGAAGCUUUGGACUAUCUGCUGGAUGCGAGGAACAAGGCAGUUGUGAUCAAGGGAGCAGCGGAUCCUCGACUCUCUUCCAUGGUAGUGUGCAGCGAGUGAAGCUUCCGACGAGUGACACCAGGACGGAGUCCAUCCGAUGCUUAUCGAAUUCAAAUCGGAAUGCAGAUCUAAAUCCGAUCGGUUAACAUCCCCCGUGUGCAAUAAAUAAAAAUAGUUUUAAGUAUUCUAAUUGUACCUCAAUAAUGGAUUUGAUUAAGUCUUGAGAUUUAUGAGUAAAUAGAAAAAGUACAUUGCAAUA